UGAAACAGUGUAUUUGACGUAUGAACUCUGCUGACCUUUGCCACAGAGAAAACCAAAAUAUUCAGCAACACGCCGACUACAUUUAAAGACCAUUCUGCUGAGGAAGGCUGCUUCUAUGCUGGUGGCUGAAAAAGAACAGAGGAAACACGAGAAAGAACGAGCUCUGAACGAGUGCUACCCUCCACUAAAGCUCUCCAGUCUGUCGGCACAGGAGCUGCAGGAACUUUGUAAAGACCUACAUAGUAAGAUUGAUGUGGUGGAUGAAGCUCGUUACGAUAUGGAGGUGAAGGUAGUCAGAAAUGAGAAAGAGAUCGAGGCACUAAGUCAUAAGAUAAUUGAGCUGAAGGGCGUAAAGCGGCCAAGCUUGAAGCGGGUGAAGAAGACAGCGGACGACAGGCUGGGUGCAUACACCGAAAGCUCCAAACUCAAGAAGGCUGAUUUCAAGGCUAAUCUCAAGACAGUGAAGAAAGAAGACGACAAGAGGGAAGAGGUGACUGACUGGCGUAAGAAUGUGGAGGCCAUGUCUGGUAUGGAAGGCAGGAAGAAGCUUUUUAAUGCGGGACAAUAAGAAGGUGUCUGUGUUAAAUAAGGCUUUGUGAACCAAACAUUUUCAAGACUGGGUUUUCCAGUUUUAUGAGUGCAUUUGUUUAUUUGUUGGUCUUUAUUUCAGGAUCUCUGUCCACAUCCAAUUUUCAUAGUAGGAUGAAAAUAAACUGGUUUUAUAAAGAGUGAUGUCAACCACAGACACCAGGGAAUAAAUUAAUGCUGUAUUACAACAGCUUUAUUCUUGAUUUAAUGUGAACUAUGUGCCAUGAGUGUACGAUUGUGAAUUGUAUUGUAUCCUUUACAUGUUGACACUGUGCUGAAGGAUAAAUAGGGUAUAUGGGUUGAUUUUCAACUGCAGGAUUUAUACUAAACAGAUGAUGGCGCUGUCCCACUGUCCGUGUGAUAUUAUGUGAUGCUGAUUAAACAACCAUGAUCACU